GCAGUGAGUUAAAAGCUGACGAAAGAAGAAGAAGAAGAAGAAGAAAAUCCCAUCUGUGCUGCUGUGAACCAACCUGUGGCUCCCACUCCUUCCACUGACAAUGACCAUGAUGAUGAAAACAUGGACGGUGCUCGUUGCCGUAACACUGUGUGUGUUGGUGUGUCUGGGGACGCUGUCCGACGCCUACCCCCCCAAACCUGAGAACCCCGGAGACGACGCUCCCCCUGAGGAACUGGCCAAGUACUACACCGCGCUGAGACACUACAUCAACCUGAUCACAAGGCAGAGGUAUGGGAAGCGCUCCACCCAGGAGGACAUGGUGGCAGAACUCCUGUAUGGUGUCGACAGCAACAGAGACCAGAGGUCAAGAUACGACGAAUCCUACAUGUGGUGACUCCACCCUCUCUCAUCCGUCCUCAUCGUUCUCUGGCAUUCCCUCUGAGUGUGUCCCACAAUGCACCUGGAGGUGCCAAAGCGUGCCUCUGACCUUUGAAACUCACGCCAACCGAUGACCAUCACUGACCAAAACUCAAGCAAACCCUAUCCCUGUGUCUCGUACGGUCCCUCGUGUCGUCUUUACUCAUCAUUUGUCAUUAGAUAGAAUAGAACAUAUCGUUUGGCUAACGUGGCUAACGUGGCUCAAGUCGGAAGUAGAAACUGCGUCUCUGUGUGAGUGUUGGAUGUCGCUUCUGUCUCACACUGUUUCACUGUCACCAUUAAAGUUCUUCUCUGUGAUGAAA